CUUUUCGCCAUCCCAACUGAUGCUCUGUGCUAUCCAGAUUCUUGGUCCAAGUCGUGGAACAGCUUGAGCCUAUCUAGACUCGUCUUCGCCGCCUAAUGUCGACCUGGCAUCCCUCGUUCGACGAUACUGACGGACUUCAGUGACUUUUGUGAUUCUUUGUCAUGACUUCAGUCAAUGAUUCGGACCAUUACUCUCUGCACGAUUCUUGCCUCGAUCCAAGUCGCGAAGAAUCCAUCGCUGCUGCCUCUGGGAUACCAUUCUUUGGCGCUUCUAUGCUUUGGGAAUGAGUGGCAUAUGGCUGGUGGUUUGUCAGAGAUUUCAGUUGUGAUGGUCUUUCCAGGUUUGCCCUCAUCCGCAGGUGCUAGUUUACAUCUGGCUCGAUAGCAGACACGGAGUCCAGUUCUCAAGACAUGCAAAAUUGAUGAUCAAUAAUGACUCAUGUCGGAAUCGCACGUUUAGGUGGUGUACU